GCGGAGUGCCACGAUGAUGUUCGAGCAUCCCAUGGCGACGCCGCUAGGCCUCGGUAGGAAACCGUCUAGGGUGGAGACGGCUAAGAGAUUCUGGAGGGAGUUGGUGGGCAGCAACCCGCCGCAGAGGAACUGGAAGGGAAUAGCGAUCGCCCUCCUUGUCAUUCUGGUCAUCUGCUCGCUGAUCGUCACCUCCGUCAUCCUGUUGACGCCAGGUGAAGACGACCGUCUGGCUCUCAAGGGCAAAGUGACCGUCGAGGAUCUUUUUCGAAAAGACUUCAGAGCCCACGACCCCAACGCCCGCUGGAUCAGCAAUAAUGAGCUCCUGUACCGCGACCGCGAUGGCAACGUGGUCCGUCUGGACGUGGACAACGGCGACAAGACCGUCCUGGUCCAUCACAAGAAGUUUGAGAUGUACAAAGCCAGCAAGUAUGAGGUGUCUCCAGACAUGAAACACGUGCUGCUGGCCUACAAUGUGGCACCGGUGUACCAGUACUCCUACACCGCCUUCUACAUCAUUUGCAGCUUGGAGACACCCGAGACAUGGAACUUGAACCCACCCGAGGUGCGCAAUGCUCAGCUCCAGUACGCCGGAUGGGGUCCGCAAGGUCAGCAACUGAUCUUUAUUUUCGAGAACAAUAUCUACUACCGCUCCACGGUGGAGAGCCGUUCCAUCCGCUUGGUGUCUUCAGGCAAGGAGGGCGUCAUCUUCAACGGCCUCAGCGACUGGCUCUAUGAAGAGGAGAUUUUUCGUUCCCACGUCGCCCACUGGUGGUCACCAGACGGCGCUAGGUUGGCGUACGCCACCAUCAACGACAGCCUGGUGCCCAAAAUGGAGCUGCCCAUGUUUACUGGGAUGCCCUACCCAACGGGCAAGGAGUACCACUAUCCAAAGGCGGGUGAGGAGAACCCAGUGAUCACUUUGUACGUGGUUAACCUGAACGGGCCUCUUCACACUAUUGAGAUGAGGAGACCUGAUGACCCCAGAUUGAGCGAGUUGUACGUGACCAUGGUGAAAUGGGCCACCACCACCAAACUGGCUGUCAACUGGCUGAACCGAGCCCAGAACAUCUCCAUACUGACAUUGUGUCAGGCCACAACCGGGGUCUGCACUAAGAAACAUGAAGAUGAAAGUGAAGGAUGGCUGUACAGACAGAACGAAAAGCCUCUGUUCUCCAAAGAUGGCCUGAAGCUGUUUUUCACCCGGGCCAUCCCGCAAGGCGGUCGCGGCAAGUUCUUCCACAUUUCCAUGUCCAUUUCGCAGCCGAACACCAGCACGGACACAUUGCAGUCCAUCACGUCUGGAGAUUGGGACGUCACCGAGGUUCUGGCGUACGACGAGCAAAGCCAACUCAUAUACUUUCUGAGUACGGAAGACGGCCCAAAGCGGCGACAUCUAUACAGCGCCGAAACAUUCGGUUCGUUCAACCGCCGCUGCCUGUCGUGCGGCCUGUCAGACUCUUGCGGCUACGUUGGAGGCUCCUUCUGUCACAACAUGAGCUACUUUUUGCUCCGAUGCCAAGGGCCGGAUGUGCCGUUCGUGUCCAUCUAUAAGACGCAGAUGGAUGAGGACGAUGCGUAUGGCGACGUUGGAGGCGAGAUGGGGGACAGACAAAGUAUGGUGGAGGUCCACAAACUGGAGAGCAAUGACGUGCUUAGGCAGACGCUGGACAACAUGCAGAUGCCCGUCACGGAGUACCAGGAGAUCAACAUAGACGACUACACUUUGUCGAUGCAGAUCCUCAAACCCGCUGGUUUCAUGGAGACGUCGCACUACCCUUUGAUGCUCAUCAUCGAUAGCACCCCCGGCGGCCAGAGCGUGUCGGAACAGUUCCGCGUCGACUGGGCCACGGUGCUGGUGAGCAGCUUUGGCGCGGUGGUGGUGCGCUGCGACGGGCGUGGGAGCGGAUUCCAAGGUACCAACUUGCUGCAUCGGGUCCAGAAGAGGCCCGGGGUUCUAGAAGAGCACGACCAACGCGAGGCUAUCAACGUUAUUCUGAAGGAGCCUUACAUUGACAAGACAAGAGUGGGAGUUUUUGGGAAGGAAUACGGCGGUUACGUGACCAGCUUGUUACUCAGCGGCGACCAAUCUCCUGCCAGAUGCGGCGCCGUCCUGUCGCCCAUCACAGAUUUUGAAUUAUAUGCUUCCGCUUUUUCCGAGCGUUACUUGGGGAUGCCCAAACCCGACCCCCGGGCUUACGCGAUGUCCAACUUAGCACACCGAGCGGCUCAGUUCCUGGACAAGAAAUUUCUCAUUGUCCACCCGACGGCGGACGAAAAAGUUCACUUCCAGCAUUCAGCCAAACUCAUCGCUCAACUCAUCCACGAGAAGGCAAACUACACCUUACAGAUCUACCCCGACGAGGGCCACUUCAUCCACAACGAGGCGACCCAACAGCAUCUGAACCAGGCGUUGGUCAACUUUUUCGAGGAGUGCUUCAGGCUACCGGAGCGUCUGUCGGACGAGGAGCUGGACGAGGACACCGAAGAUGAGGGUUAGCUCCGGCCGGGACCACCCCUUCCUCCUUGCACGCGAUUCCGGACCGAGCACAACACCUCUUCGGUAUUAUGCAACCUUCUCGUCUGCGCGCUGGAUUCGAGACCGCCUCCGCCGAGGAUUUCCUCGUCAUUCCCGCCUCUGGAAUUUUCUGAUGGACGAGCGUUGACACGAACUUAAAAGCUUGGGAAGGGACAUUUCACAGGUGGACUUGUAUUAUAAGAAAAUGACGCCUGAUGAGUAGCAUUGAUGAACGGCAUUUUGUGGGACGACGUGGCCACAUUAUUUUCUAAAGUCGUUUUCAUGUGGAGAAAGUACUUAUUUUUUGGUCAACUGUUCUCAAUGUAUGUAAAAUAGCACACUAUCAGUUCAGUUAUUAAAAGACACGUUGAAUAGUCAUGCUUUCACCUUGUCGGAUCGUGGAGAGACUGUUUGGAAAGAUAAAUAUCACUUUUGUCACCUUACUGCCUUAUUUCGUCAAAAACAAAACAUCAAAUGUACAGUGGACUAGCUGUUAGCCUAGUGUAGUGUGCAGACUAAAGCUUGUUAGCUGGACUCAUUGAAGGAAAUAUAGAUGUUAAUUAGCAUUGUUAAAGCUACCGAGACUUCUGCAGAACAGUAACAAUGGUUUUGUCUUUAAAUGAAGAUAAUGCGCUAGCACAAUGCUUUCAUCUUAUUCUUCACAGUCAUUUCUGGAAUUUCAACAUCUGACAAAUUGCCUGUAAAAAAGCAAUUUUGUAAAUCAAUUAUUGGCGAGGGACAUUAGCACAAUGCUAACAUGUACAGUCUGCAUGGUUUGCUGUUUUUCAAAGGCUGACUUUAUAUUUGAAACAGAUGCAGCAGUGCUUAUAUUAUUAACGACAAAUGCUGUUUGAUCUACAACAAUAUACAAAUAUAUAUACAACCCCUAGCAAAAAGUAUGGAAUCACCAGUCUCGGACAUGCACUCACUCAGACAUUAUGUAGAACAAACUCUGAUAAAAAGCUUGAGAAAAUAAUGAAUUACCGUAUUGGCCCGAAUAUAAGACGACCCCCUCUUUUUCAAGACUCAAGUUUGAAAAAAAAACUUUUUGAACACCAAAUGAAUUUUUAUAUAGAAGAUAAUUACAGUACAUCUGAAACAUGAUUCUAAUAUAUUUGAGGGGAAAAGCAUGUUAUUUUGCCUCAUUCAAAUCUUAAUAUCUGAACAUUUAAAUGUGUAAACUAAAGUGCAAUCACAUUCGUAAAUGAAUGGCUUCUGGUUUUUGAAAUGUAAAUAAACCAAUCUAUUGUGAUAAAACAAAAUUGCAAUAACCGCAUUAACCAUCAAAGUGAAGUCUAACUAACUGUAGUCUUGAAACAAAUCUGAAUAAGGAAAAACAUUGCAAUAAAAUAAUGCAAACUGGUUAAACUUGAAACUAAGAUCUGUCAUGACAGAACAUCGCUUCAAUGAUAUCUGGCGCAAUCUAACGUGAAUGGGUAUGCUGUCUAGACCGCGAACAUAAGACGACCCCCUUUUUUUCAGUCUUAUUCCAAUGCAAAAAACAGUCUUAUAUUCGGGCCAAUAUGGUAGUUCAAAAGUGCAACUUCUUGGCAUUCUGAAACACUAAAAGAAAUGAAUAAAAAACAUUGUGUGGUCAGUAAAUGUUACUUUUAUAGAGCAAAUGCAGAGGAAAAAAAAUAUGGAAUCACUCCAUUUUGAGUAGAAAAUACAGACACACCCAAUUUCCUUUCCUUAAUUGAGCCCCUACCUCAGAUUAGAUCUGGUCGUUAGUCAGCAGUUAUCACACCUUGGAGGGCUGCUGGACCAAGUGGAUUCAUAAGAAUCAUGACUCCAACAAGAGAAAUGUCUCUUGAGACCAAGGAGAGAAUUAUCAAACUUGAAAAAGGUAACGCUACACGUAUGGUUGCCAAAGAUGUGGGCUGUUCACAGUCAGAUGUAUCAAAAAUCUGGACCAAGUACAAACAGCAUGGCAAGUAGGGUUGGGCAUCGAUGGGAACCGGUUGUAACACUCCUAUGAUCACGGAAUCAUUCGAAUUUUAAAAUUUCGAGUCCUUGUUACAAUGCCCUGACAGCCAAGUGGAAAAAAAAUUGCUUGAGUUCAAAGACUGAUAUUUAUAUACAAGUUAAAAUUAGUCCUGUGAGAAGUUCAUUUAAUUUUUAAAAAUCAUCGAGAAGUUAAGACUUUAAUAUAAACUAUGCAAUUUUAUUUGACCCUGCAUUUUUUUUUUAUCCUCCCUCUUAAAAGAAUCGGAAUCGAAACGCGGAAUCGUUCAAUUUCAAACGAUGCCCAACCCUAAUGGCAAAUUUGUAAAAGUUAAGCAUACUGGUAGACUAAGGAAGACAUCCAAACGUCAUGACAAACAACUAAAGGCCAUAUGUCUUGAAAACAGAAGAUGUACAACAAGACAAAUGAAGAAAUGGGAUGAAGCUGGAGUAUGUGACAGAACUGUGCAAAAUCACCUAAAGAAACUGGGAUUUUCAUACAGGAAAGCUAAAAGGAAACAAUCACUUAAACAAAAAAGAACAAGACUGCAACGGGCUAAGGCGAGGCAAUCACGGACUGUAAAUGACUGGAUGAAAGUUGUUUUCCGUGAUGAGUCAAGAAUCUGCAUUGGACAAGGUGAUGAUGCUGGAACUUUUGUUUGGUGCCGUUCCAGUGAGAUUUACAAAGAUGACUGCCUGAAGAAAACAUCAAAAAUUCCCUCAGUUCUUGAUGAUAUGGGGCU